UAAGGUAAGGAAUAAUAGUAGAACUGCAGAGUUUGAGAGUAACUCAGUUCAACUCGGAGCAAAAUGGCGGGAGCUGCGUUUCAGUUAAUGAGCAGAAACGUAUUGAUUGCAUCUGCUAAAGAGACUAACACAGUUCAACUCCCGGAGAAGACGAGAAACUCUAGGGUUUUGGUAUUAGGUGGAACGGGUCGGGUUGGUGGAUCCACCGCCAUUGCUCUUUCCAAGCUCUGUCCCGACCUUCAAAUUAUCAUCGCCGGUCGAAACAAGGAGAAAGGCGACGCGUUGGUCGCUAAAUUAGGGAGUAAUUCUGAUUUCGCUCGUGUUGAUAUUGACAAUGCCGAAUCACUGAAAUCUGCUUUAACUGGUGUGGAUGUCGUGGUUCAUGCGGCAGGGCCUUUUCAACAGGCUAAGAAAUGUAGUGUGCUUGAAGCUGCCAUAGAGACCAAGACAGCGUACGUCGAUAUAUGUGAUGAUACAAACUAUUCCGUGCGUGCUAAAUCUUAUAAGGAUAGAGCUAUUGCUGCUAAUAUUCCUGCUAUCAUAACCAGUGGAAUCUAUCCAGGAGUCAGCAAUAUAAUGGCAGCGGAGCUAGUUCGUGCUGCUAGAACUGAAAGCAAGGGGAAGCCAGAGAGGCUUAGGUUCUAUUACUACACAGCAGGGACUGGAGGUGCUGGUCCAACUAUAUUAGCCACUAGUUUCUUGCUUCUUGGAGAGGAGGUUAUUGCAUAUAACAAAGGAGAAAAGAUCAAACUAAAGCCAUAUAGUGGGAUGGUCAACAUUGAUUUUGGAAAGGGGAUUGGAAAGAGAGAUGUUUAUUUGUUAAAUUUGCCAGAAGUGAGAAGUGCUUAUGAAGUUCUACAAAUACCAAGUGUCAGUGCUCGAUUUGGCACUGCGCCUUUUUUCUGGAAUUGGGGAAUGGAAAUCAUGACUAAUCUUUUCCCUCCGGAAGUUUUGCAGGACAGAAACAAAGUCCAACAGCUAGUUCAAUUGUUUGAUCCAGUAGUUCGAGCUGUUGAUGGGAUAGCUGGAGAGAAAGUAUCGAUGAGGGUUGAUUUGGAGUGCUCAGAUGGUCGCCAUACAAUCAGCGUAUUUAGUCACAAUAAGCUCUCUGUAUCUGUGGGAUAUUCAACAGCUGCUUUUGUUCUUGCAGUCCUCGAGGGAAGCACCCAGCCUGGGGUCUGGUUUCCAGAAGAGCCUGAAGGAAUUGCGAUUGAAGUGAGGGAAGUUCUUCUCCGUCGAGCUGCAGAAGGAACAAUCAACUUUGUAAUGAAUAAGCCACCAUGGAUGGUAGAAACAAACCCCAAGGAGAUUGGAUUCGGCAUAUACGGGUGAAAUUUUGUCAAAAGGCUAGCAAGUUCAUUUCAAUUUUUCCUCAGCCUCUUGCUGCACUACUUUUUUGAGAGAUGAGAUCCAUGGCGUGGAUUGAUGAGGAUUUCAAGUGGGGUCGCUCUAAUAUUAGUCAUUCCAAGACUUGCCGUCAUAUCAAUCGGCUCACCCGUCGGCGACGAAAAAUCAAGACCAUGAAGCAACGUAGCUAAUGUCAAUUGCAAGAUCUGAAGUGCAAAAGAUAUUCCGGGACACAUUCUUCUACCACUACCAAAUGGUAAAAACUCAAAGUUUUGUCCUCUCACGUCAAAAUCUUUAUGACUUGUAAGAAAUCUUUCUGGCCGAUAUUCUAAAGGACUCGGCCACAUUUUUGGAUCGCGGUGAAUCUUCCAAAGAUUAGUAAACAGUCUUGUGCCUUUUGGAACAUCGUAACCAGCUAUGGUGCAGUCUUCCAUGGAUUCAUGUGGCAGUGAAAGCGGUGCAGCCGGAUAUAAACGCAGAGUUUCUUUAACUAUUGCUUUGAGAUAAACCAAAUUGUUAAUAUCGGAUUCACGUACUUGCCUGUCUCUGCCGAUAUGAAUAUCAAGCUCAUCUUGAGCUUUUCUCA